UUGAAUAUUGAUAAGUCUUCAGUUAUUCAGUACUCGAAGAAAAUGAAGUUGCUACGAAUCUUUUGCUGUUGUAUCCUAUUUUUAAGAAGCGUCUCUGCGAUACCUGUGGGUCUUUUAUACGAACACGACGUCCAAGAAGCCAUUAAAUUACCAAAACAGAACGAUGUGUCUAGUCCAGAGAUUAAACUUAAAGUUCCAAUUGUGUUUUACGGUACACGAUUCACCUCCAUAUUCGUGAACUCCAACGGCCUCAUCUCGUUUCAAACAGAGAUUCCAAAUUUUUUCAAUAUCGAGUUCCCUUUAGAUUACCCACUUAUAGCCCCGUUUUAUACCAACGUCGAUACGCGUGGGGCUGGAACUGUCUCCUAUUAUGAAACUGACAAAUCUUCAUUAAUACAUCGGGCGACGGAGAACGUAAGAGAGUAUUUCUCAGACCAGGAAGAAUUUCAAGCCACUAGUUUAUUUAUUGUGACGUGGUCUGGCGUCGGCUACUUUAACAAAGGAACCGACAAAGUCAAUACUUAUCAAGUAGUCGUCAUUAGCGAUGGCUCUCAAUCAUUCGUCGAACUCUUAUAUCCUAAAGAAGGCAUUCAGUGGAUUCAAGGGACUGGCGAUGAGUCAGGACUACCAGAUGCAAGAGCACAAGCUGGAUUUAUCUCAGCUGACGGAAAAAUAUUUACUCUUCCGGGGUCUGGAACGGAACAAGUUAGAAACCUCGAAGUGUGGUCAAACAUUGAUCUCCCCGGACAGUUCAUUUACAGGGUUGACGGAAGCGAAAUUGCCCCACCGGAUUUAAUUACGGAUGACGUUGGACCCGAGGGUGGUCCCUUGACCUGUGCAGACGCACCGACUUACUGUCAUGUCCAAGCGAGAUGUAUCGACUACGACGAAGGAUUUUGCUGCCAGUGCAAGAAGCAGUACUAUGGAAACGGCAAAUUCUGUGUAAAGAAAGAUGUGCCGCUUCGAGUCAACGGCAAAAUCAACGGCAAGAUCAACGACGAAAAACUGGAGAAUUUGGACUUGCAGUCGUACAUCGUCAUGGUAGACGGACGCGCCUACACAGCUAUUUCAAAAAUUCCCGAAGCGAUAGGUUUCGACAUACAGUCGCUACAAAUCCUUGGGGGUGUCAUCGGCUACGUGUUUGCUAAACCCAUACGAAAUGCCCAGAAUGGUUACCAAUUUACGGGUGGUGUUUUCAACCACACGGCCACCUUAAAAUUUUUGAAUACGAGUCAAACCGUUACGAUCAGACAACGAUAUCUUGGCCUCGACGUUUUCGACCAACUUCGUCUAGAAGCAAACAUUCAAGGCGAGAUUCCUAAAUUACCACACGACUCCAAAAUCACCGUGGACGAAUACCAAGAACAGUACACUCAAACCGCUCCUGGGGUUAUCCAAAUGUCGUCAACUCGAUCAUUUGUGUACGUUAACGAACACAAUGAACAGGUCACGCUUUUUUACGAUCUGGAUCAAGUUUACACUUUUGAUUACUGUAAGGUCGAAAAUACUUCACUAGGUGAGACAUGGAGGCUAAAGGUUGGAAAAAACUUUAUAAGUUACGAGAGUAAAGAGCAGAUCAUCCGUUUUGGGCUAACUAACAAGAUAAUGCCACUAGGAGAUGUUGAUCCGUGCGAAGAAGGUCGCUCCCAGUGUAUGAUCAACAGUGCCUGCGUGGUCGACAAUGAUUCUUUCCGGUGUGUUUGUAAUCAAGGCUACCAGCAACUUGUUUCUGGGAACGAAACGAUCUGUGCUGACGUUGAUGAGUGCCAAUCCGGGCUGCACAGUUGCGACUAUAACGCUCAAUGUAUUAACGAAAUCGGUUCAUAUUCUUGUAAAUGUAAUCCAGGAUUCACUGGAAGCGGUCACGUAUGCGAAAAUGAGUUUUCUUGUCAUAAUGUUGAAUGCCCUCCGAAUUCCGAGUGUAUUGAAACUAAUAGAGUGGCAAUGUGUACAUGUCUGCCUGGGUUUACUGGAGAUGGUCAGACUUGUACAGCUUUGGUUGAUAAUAGUUGUCACACUGUAAACAACUGUGCACAAUUUGCGGUCUGCACGAUCAAUCAAACCACGAGUAGUUACUACUGUGCUUGUUUACCGGGUUAUGAAGGAGAUGGUUAUAACUGCAGAAAAAUUGAAACUGAAGAUGCUACUGAAGCUACGUCUUCUAGAGAAAUUCAAAGGUGUCUUUUAGGGGUAUGUUGGUGUCCAGAAGGAUAUAGUAUAGAACAAGGUACAGCAUACUGCAUACCGAAGGAUCAAACUACGACGGUUAGUCCUGAAACGACUACAGUUUUGGACAAUGAAACUCCAGAAGUUCAGUGUUACAACUCCUCUAUUUGUUUUUGUCCACGUGGAUUCCAUUUAGUGCAAUCUACCAAUUCUUGUUCCAUAAAUACCGAUCAAAAACAUAACACGAAGGGAUUUUCAGGGUUUAACAUUACCUGUAACACCUUAAACAACUGUGACCGCAACGCCCAGUGCGUGUACUCAUCCGAAACGGACGCCUUUUCUUGUCAGUGUAACCAAGGUUUCACUGGUGAUGGCUACACCUGCGAACUGUCUACCACUUCUUGUGCCCAACAAUACAACUGUGGUACUAACGCCAACUGCUACUACGACGAAUCGCUAGGAAAAUCAAGAUGCGUUUGUAAUCCAGGUUACCAAGGCGAUGGUUUCAACUGUACCAUAACAGCAAUGUGCACUUCAAACAAUGACUGCACACAAACAGAAGAAUGUCUCUACACUAGUUCGGAACGGUACGAAUGCGUGUGCAAAGAAGGCUACGUCCGAGAUUCCCAAAACCAAUGCGUCCAACCGGGUACAUGUGGAGGCGGCAACUGCGUCGACAACGCAGAAUGUCUUUUUGACGAAACUUACCAAUUAUAUUACUGCUCGUGCAAAAGUGGUUUCAUGGGUGACGGCAUAACCGAGUGCAAACCUCGACCCAUUGGUUGCAAUGUUCAGAAUAAUUGCGGUUUGCAUGCCACUUGCGAAUACGAUGCGUCCACCACUUUGUACCAGUGUCAGUGCGAAAAAGGAUUUUAUGGUGACGGAUUUGUUUGUUACACGGAGAUCAAUUGUCACGUUGACCCGACCAUAUGUGACCCUCAAGCCACGUGCGUGACUGAUGCAAGCCGCAGAUACAUUUGUCAAUGUGGCGCUGGAUACACCGGCAAUGGUACCUUUUGUCGACGCAAUCCCACACACGAAGGCAACUUCUUACUAGUGAAUCAAGGAAUGGCAACGUUGAAGAUUCCGUUCGAACCUUCGAAGAAAAAUCUGGGGAAACCGAUACAGAUUAAGUUGUUCCAGACGGCGGUUGGGCUGGAAAUUGACUGUUAUGAAGGGAGGGUGUACUGGAGCGACAUUAGCGGAAUGGCAAUUCGAAGUUCCGCUUAUAAUAGUAGUGGAAAGGCAGACUUUAUCACACAAGAUAUUGGUUCGCCUGAGGGUCUGGCAGUUGAUUGGGUAUCGCGGAAUAUAUACUGGACCGACUCCACUAGAGACACAAUAGAAGUCGCAAGUAUUGAAGGCAAACGUAGGCGGGUGCUGUUCAACGACAGUUUAGUCAAUCCUAGAGGUAUCGCCGUACAUCCACAAAGAGGGAAAAUCUUCUGGACCGACUGGGACAGGAAAAACCCUAAAAUCGAGUGGGCCAAUGCCGACGGGACAGCAAGGGCUAUUUUCCUUCAAGGUGAACCCGAUUCGCUCCCCAAUUCUCUCACCAUCGACUACGACACAGAACAAUUAUGCUAUGCGGAUGCAGGAACCAAGAAGAUCGAAUGUGUUGAUAUAGAUACUAAAGUUAGACGAACUGUUGCAACGAACUGUACAUAUCCGUUUGGUAUAACAGUUACGGACAAACACAUUUAUUGGUCCGACUGGAUCACGAAAAAAAUCGAGCGGGCGGAGAAACAUUCUCUAACACGCUUAAAACCUUUGGAUGUGCCUUUAGGAGGAAGCGGUAAUAAAUUAUUCGGUUUGGUAGCGGUUCCACAGAGUUGUCCCACACUUACCAACGUCUGCCAAUAUCACAAAGAUCAGUGUCCACCUGAUCACAUUUGUGUCCCUAAUGGUAGCGGAAGCAGGACUUGCCUUUGUACGUUUAAAGCCGAUAGUUCUGAAACACCAUCGUGCGCGCUAUAACAAAUAGAUUAAUUUGAGUUGAUCCAAGUAAGUUUAACUUGUACAUCUAAUAAAAACUUCUUUUAA